AUGUUCAUAGGAGCUGCCGAUCUGAACCAUCUCGCGGUUGAUGUCGAAACCGUUGCCAAACGGCUGGCAGCUGGAAGAAAGAAGAAACUGGAUGUUGCCGCCUCUGACAUAUCCAACCCUGCUGGAGAGCAUUCAAAGACCACAACGCUUUCGCCCGACCGGUGCUCUUCUAAACGAUUAGAAGUCGAUGAAGAGUCGGCUCUCCUGAUAACUCCUUUUGCUUCCGUAUUGUUUUCGUCUCCUAGCCGAGAUAUUUCAAUCCAAAGUUCCGGCAACUGUAACUGUGAAUUGCGCUCUGGUACCCCUGAUUGCAACGGACACGCCGAGAUAUUUCAUCCCAAAGUUCCGGCAACUGUAACUGUGAAUUGCGCUCUGGUACUCCUGAUUGCAACGGACACGGUAAGAUCGUUCUUCUGCAGUUUUCAUCGUCACAACUAUCUUUUCAACUUCUCCUUCCCCUCACUCUUCUUCGCUCCUUCCUUCCUCCCCUCCAUCUUGUCUCCUCUCUCCACCUCAUAA